AUGAAAGAUCGAAUCUAUGCCGUUGUUUUUCCUUCGGACAACCUAUCUGUCGUCUCGGGAUUUUGGAGCACGCCCGGUGUCGGCGUUUCAUCUCGAUUUGCAGAAGCAAAUCUGGCCUUCAUCGAUCAGCUUGUGGAAGUAGAACUCUCGGAGGACAACCAACCCAGGUCGAGUUUUAAUGCAUCCGUUCAUGACGUCUUACGACAGAGAAUCAUCCAUUACCUUAGACGAGCUGUAUUGCAUCCCGAUUCGCAGCUACGACCUUCAACGGAAGACAACUAUUUCUUUCCCACGGGUAUGGCUUCAAUCUACAAGCCGCAUUCGUAUCUAAGCAAGUUAUAUCACGGCACGACUGUUCUUUUCGGUAUGGCAUUUAUGAAUACAAUAACCGCGUUCCAAGAAUUUGGCUCAGAUUACAAAUUUUUCGGCUUUGGUACCGAUAAUGACUUGCAUGCGCUAGAGAUCUUUCUCAACGAAGAACGCGACCAUGGCCGGAAAGUACAAGCAAUAUGGGCAGAGUUCCCGGCGAAUCCGAUCCUUGUCACCCCAAAUCUUGUGCGACUUCGUGCACUAGCAGAUGAAUACGACACAGUUCUCGCCAUUGAUGACACAAUCGGCAGCUUCGCAAAUAUCGAUGUCAUGGACAUGACUGACAUGCUCGUCACCUCCCUCACAAAAUCUUUCAAUGGCUAUGCAGAUGCCAUUGCAGGGAGUGUAGUCCUCAAUCCUGCUUCUCGACGAUAUGGAGAACUGAAAGCUCUCUUCGACGAACAUUACGUUCCAGAGCUCUACAUUACCGAUGCGGAAGCCAUCGAACGAAACAGUCGCGACUAUCUAACACGGACGAUUCGGCUCAACCACAAUGCCAGUUGUCUGGUCGACUAUUUACAUUCGUGCGCAGAAGACCCUCAAAGCGCCGUUCACAAAGUACAUUACCCGUCCGUCAUUGACUCUGGUGUUCAUUAUCGGCAAUUCAUGCGUCGCACGACACCAGACUUUACUCCAGGCUAUGGCUGCCUCUUUAGUGUUGAACUUGAGGAUCUUCCGACAACCAUCGCUUUCUACAACAAUCUCAAUGUACACAAUAGUGUGCAUCUCGGGGCUCCAUUCACUCUCGCAUUUGCAUACACCAUGUGUACAUAUGCAACAGAGUUAGAUUGGGCAGCAAAGUAUGGUUUAAAGCGCACUCAAAUCAGAAUAUCUGCGGGACUUGAAGACACUGACAUUCUACUCGAGGACUUUAAAAUCGCUGUUGAAGCGGCGAAUAAAGUUAAGCAUUCAGCGUAA